CUCUUGAUGGAAAGAACCAAGCAGUUCAGAAAGCAAGAAUAACCAUGGAGUCUGAGAACUGGGUUUCAGCUCUUUUGCUGCUGCAGCUCUGUUGCUUUAGCUGUGGAUCCUGUGGGAAGGUCCUGGUAUGGCCUAUGGAAUAUAGUCACUGGCUCAAUCUGAAGGUCCUGCUGGAUGGAGUCAUACAGAGGGGCCAUGAGGUGACUGUGCUGACACCCUCUGCUACUGUUUUUGUUGAUCCUAGUAAUUCAUCAGGUUUGCAUGUUGAAGUUUUUCCUGUGGUGACAAAUCCAGAGGAUUUAGCUUUAUUUUUUGAAAACUUUGUCACAGUUUGGAGUAAUGAAUUGCAAAACCUUUCGGCAUUAGAGUAUGGUGCAUUUGUGCAAAACUUAUUUUAUCAGUAUUCAAGGCUUAUAAAACAGCUGUGUGAGAGCGCUGUUUUGAACAAAGACCUUAUGAAGACAUUGAAACAAGCCAAGUAUGAAGUUGUUAUUUCAGAUGCUAUAUGUCCUUGUGGUGAGCUUAUAGCAGAAAUACUUGGAAUACCCUUUGUCUAUAGUCUGCGCUUCAGCCUGGGCAAUACCCUUGAAAAAUACUGUGGAGGACUCCCAUCCCCUCCUUCCUAUGUGCCUGUAGCCAUGUCAGUGUUGACUGACAGGAUGACAUUUAAGGAGCGGGUGAAAAAUAUGCUUUUCUUCAUUUAUUAUGACUUUUGGUUUCAGAAUUUUAACAUGAAGGAUUGGGAUCAGUUUUACAGUGAUGUGUUAGGUAAGUCUGUGGACACUUUAUAAUUUAUGUGUCAAACCUGUUCAGCAAUUCCCUGACAUUCUUAUGCAUCUCAGUGUGAACAGGAGUGUAAUGUCAUGAAAAAGUGAGUUGUUUUUUUUUUUUUGCAAUCAGGUACACAAAGUUUUGUGACAAAAUGAUUGGCUUAUCCAUAAAACAUGAAAACUGGA